AUGCCGUACAUACCAUGUCUGACCGAGAAAGUUGCGAAAAUCUUGCGCAAGCACAAUUUGAUUGCAGCUCCUAAGCCGUGCGACAAAAUCAAGUCCAACAUCUUUACGAAACUUAAAGACCCAAUUCCGAUCAUGCAACAAACAAAUGUCGUUUAUGCCAUCACAUGCGCUUGCGGAAAUGAGUACAUCGGACAAACGUCGCAAACUCUUGCCAAACGCAUCAAACAACACGAAACCACCGUGCGUCUAAAACAGAAAGCUACAGGCCUAGCUCAGCAUGCGUUGGAAAACGGCCCCGGUCAUGUGUUAGAUUUCCCGAAAACGAGAAUUCUCGAACGAAUCCCAAAUACAACACACCGUCGGAUAGCUGAAAAACUGCACAUAAAGAUGCGAGAGAAUCGUGCAGUUAACAUCCAACAGGACACAAAAGGCAUCUCGAGCGUGUACAACGGAUUGUGGAAAAAGCUGCGGAAAAAAGAGGAAAUGGAACUACAUCGCAAAACGGAACACAUUCAGUCGACAGCGAGCCGCAGCAGCAGCAGCAUCAACAGUGACUAG